GGGUAAAUUUAGUUGAAUAUAAAGUACAGCUAUUGGAUAUAGCUGCAUUCCGAUUUUAUUUCUACAUUACACAAACAUUAAAACAUAGAGUUUCAAGACACAUUUUCCUGUUUUAUACUAUUGAGGGUGUGAAAGGACACUAAUUCUGGUCUAUCCACUGUGAAGAAUUAUUACAUUGUAAUUUUGUUCAGUAUGCAAUUUUCUGCCUUUUCCUUUGCAUUUAUCACUAACUUCAUAUUGAAGGUGGGGAAAUGGCUCAAUUUAUGAAUGCAUUAGAAUAUGCAAAUUGUCUUGACCUGACUUGAUCAUCUUGGCAGAAGAAGCACAUUAUAACUGUCUAUCUGUGUGUGUAUGAGGAUUGUACAGUUGUUGUCAGCAAUUAUUUUUAAAAUUUUCCUUUUUCUCUCCUCUUCAUGAACUUAGACCAAACAGGCAAUAAAUGUGACAUUUUUGAACAAAAUUACUUUUCUGCCACUUAGAGAGAAGGUUGUUCUAUUUAAUCCCAUAUUUGCUGUUUCCUAGUAGAGUUAUGGACAGUUGGAAACUGUGUGUAUAAUCUGAGCCUGAGGGCUUCUGUAAUUUUUUUUAAUUUAACUGGUUUGUCAGAAAAGUCCUACCAAAACAACGCUUAGCUCAAUGGUUAACUGGGACAUCAUAUCUGUUUCAAGCUAUGCUGACAAGUGUAGCAAUUGCAGGAAAAAGCUGGAAGAUCCAAUUAAAAUGUAUCUUUUAAUUUAUAUUCUCAUGUUGUCAUCUUCGGAACAACUAUAACAGAUGGUGUAAGUGAGAAGUCCAAGUCUCUCAGAUACAAAAUCCUGUUGAUGACAAUCACAUUCUUGCUUUAUUUCUGCUGGUAGCUAUAGUGAGAAUAAAAAGCUGCCUUCUUGGACUAUAUGUUAAUUUUUCUGACAUACAUGCGUGCAGACUUCAUUUUCCUUUUUUUGUCAGCAGGCUUGGCUAUCAGAUGAUCAUAACACACACACAGCUGACAGGACACCUGACACACCCUCUGAAUGAAUCCCUUAUAGCGAUCUUUAUAAUUCUCAACAGAGAGCUGGUAAAAUAAACACUGUUUUGUUGUGUUUUUAUUUCUGAUUGUAGGCUUGCUCUUGUAUGUUAUCAAAAACCACAGAUGACACACUUUCAAAGUGGUGAGUGACAUGUUUCAUGUAUGAAAGAAAUUCAUGUUUGCAUCAAGUGGAAAAGCACCGGCAGCUUUCACAAUGGAAAUUCGUUCAAUGGUGUUUCUAUUCUUAUGGCUAACUGACAGAUGUUUUUAAAUUGCUGACCAAGUUACAUUUACCUUUUUGCAGCCCUCCCAUCUCUCUUUAUGUUCCCUUUUCUGAGAUAGUAGUUUAAGUAUCUUUGCAGGCACAGGGAGGAACCUUUACUCUCUGUCAUAGCUAUGCAAACAGACAUAUCCUGGUUAUUAAGCAUUUGCUAAAUGCAACCUAUCAUAACUCUCCACCCCUUAUUCAAAUAGGCUUUGUUCCAGCAGCUCUAAACACAGUAGGAGGUUAGAGUACUAGCCAUAUAUUUUAUGUAUUUAACAAUUUUUCAAAGCAAAUUAUUUCAUUAACCACUCAAUGGUAUUUGAACACCCAAAGGGUUUAAUCCAGCACUUCAAAAGACAAUUUUAAAUUUGUUAAAGAUCAACAUUUUAAGGUGACACUUGGGUGGUUUUAAGAAGAACAAGAGUGUGUUAAACAAAAUAAACAUUUGCCCAUUGGAAUUUGGAUACUCCGUGGAUUGGUAUAGAAAGUACAUCUGACUAGUAAGAGGUGGUGCAUAAAAACGCUCCGCCUCUGCAAAGCAAGGGAUGCAAAUUGCUCCUCUGUAGCUAUCAUUUUACACUAGAUCCUUUGGGCAGAGGUUUAGUCAUUGGAUCACAACAGCUCUUUUACGAUGGAAACCAGACAGCUUCAGUCAGCAGGGGCAUUUAGACUAUAACUAUUCAAGAGGCUUAGUCAGCCGAGCUUUGCUCAUAUAGCUCUUCAGCUAUGCCUAUUGAAGACCUGCGUGACCAGUUUGACAUGCAGCUGCUGCUGAAACUUAGUUUCUCUGCAGCUGCUGUGUUAUUGGUUUCUUGGGCCUACAGAUUCUACAGAUCCAAAGACGUGAAAGAAACCACGCCCUGUGGUGGGGAAAACACAGAGAUACAGAAUACUGCCAGCCAUGAAUACAAGAGGACACGACAGAAGUUGUGUUUUCAAGACAAGGAUGAUGAGAGGAAGCAUGACUCAGCCACUGAUGACUUGAAAUCUGACAGCACCCACGGAAUACACGUUAAAUUUCCAUUACAACAAGUUGAUAAGAGCAAGGAGGUAUGUAGCCCAUCAAAUAUUGAUCAAAAUAAAUGCAUGGACAAGGAAAUGCUUCAGAAGGAUCUGCCAACUCUUUCCAGUUCUAAUAUUGCAAUUGAAUCUGCUUUGGAGAUCCAUGAUCCAACAGAUGAUAGAAUGACAGCUAUCACUGGACGUCGCUCCCCUUGCUUUUGGACAAAGCAUGAAGGUGGUGUGGGUGUUGGCAGAGAAUUAAGGCAGGACUUAGAGCACCAGGGGGUCUACUCCAGUUUCCUCUCUAAGGCAAAGAUCAAGGUAGAAGAUGCCACAGUAGUGCUGGAUGGAUCAGGACACAAGAUUGUAAACGGGAAAAUAUACGACUAUUACGUUGAGUCUAAAUCUCAUUCAGUUAAAGAUUCAAAACCUUUGCUUGCCCAUUAUGAGAGGAACACUGUUACAAACAGGACCUAUAGAAAAGAAAACAUAAGCUUCAGUGAUUCUCCUUCAUCUGGAAGUCCUAUCAUUAUGCGUGAUCUCGUUCUUCCAUCAAGCUCUGCUGCAGAGGACUUUUCAGAAGGAAGCCUGAGGCACCCCGAAAGGCCUUCAGGCCUAUACAAGGAAAGCUAUGAGUCUGCAGAACGACAGUUGGCCACUUCCUUUCCAUUUCAGGUUUCAAGAAACUCACCCCCAGUGACUACCUCUGGGACCCCAUCAGGCAAUGACACUGUGUUUCAACAAACCGCAAAAGAUAAAAAAGAGGUUGAUUUCGAGAAUAUAACAAGUGCUUCUUUCAUGCAACUUCCAGCAGAAAUCUUCCUUGGCACAGAUCUGGAAGUUCUAAAAAGUAAACUUGAUCUUGGUAACUGUUUAGAGAUACUCCAUCAAGCCAAGAAAACUGGCCACAAAUCUGUUCAUCAGGCUGCCCUGGAGGUCAUGUCAGACAACUACUUACAGGUGCUCAGGGACCCCACCCUUUAUGGACAGCUAAUGGCUGAUGAGCGGGAAAGAAUUAGGAGGCAGAGAAUGAGAGGGCGAAGAUUUGUCAUAGUUGCAGAUAUGGUCCCUCAAGACUGGCUGAGAAAUACAGCAGGACAGACUGUAAAAUCAGAGCUGAGGAGCAUGUCUAGUGCAAUGUACUAUUAUGAUGACUACAAAGACGCCUGGCAUUCUCUCUGUCUUAUCCCACAGGAGGUCAUCUCUAAAGCCUGUGCUAUGUGCACAAUGGAUAACUACUUAUUUGUGGCAGUAGGUUGUCAAGGCAGUGACAGAGAAAUGAUACCCUCAAAGCGAGUGUUUUGCUACAAUCCUUUGACAUCUAUUUGGAAAGAGAUCAGUCCUAUGAAUGAAGCCAGGCCCCGCUGCAAACUGGCAGCACUGGAGGGCUACAUCUACGCCAUUGGAGGGGAAUGUCUCUCCUCUGUGGAGCGCUAUGACCCCCGACAGGACAGAUGGACAUUUGUGGCCCCACUACCUAAUGAUACAUUUGCUGUUGCACAUCAUGUCACUGUGUGCAGUGGAGAGCUCUUUGUUUCAGGGGGUACUCUUAGAUAUAUGCUACUUCGCUACAACCCCCAGACAAACACCUGGAGGCCAAGUCUUAUAGUGGGCAACAAAGACAAAUCUAUAGAUAUGGUUGCUGUGGGAAAAUUUCUCUAUCGAUUUGAAGUUAACCCACUGCUGGGAGUCAGUGUGUACCGCUACCAUACAGUUGCACGACUUUGGUAUGAGUGCAGCUCAAAGCGACUGCUUCAUUGCCCGGCCUUCCAGUGUAUCGCAAUGGAUGGAACAGUUUACUGCCUCAGCCGACACUUCACCAUGAAAUUCGAGGCUGAUGAGAUCUCUCCUGCUUUUGCAGAUGAGGAGAUGAGUGUCCUCUCUAAAGCCAAGGGUUUACUGUUCCCCUUUGUCCUUUCACUACCUGAUAUGAAUCCUCGACAAACAAGUGUAUAAAAAGGUUUUACAUGUUUUUAUUUUUCAUAAGAUGUUAUAGCAGCUAAAUACUUCUAUAAGAGCAUGUUUGAAACAUGGGUAAUAACUGGCAGAGGGAAUUUUAGUUUCUUGCAACUAAUUACAAAUCUGUAAACCUUGCAUUUCCAUUUAUAUGAAAUUAUAUUUUAAUACCAUCGUCAUAAAGCCACAGUGCAAAUGUUUCAUAAACCACAUUUUUUUUGGACUGGGUAUUAAACAAAGAUAUGUGUUUUUUAUGUCCUGUGCUUGGCAGUAGAUUAAAAAGAUUAGACUUUUAAUGGUAGUCAGAUUACUGAUUGUUUAGAUUUACACAGGACUUGCUGCCAUGUUAAUUGUUUGCUGCUUUGAUUUGCCACUCCUUUCUCCCAUUCUGGUAGUUUAAUGCCAUCCCAGAUGCUUAACCUCUUUACUGAAAAAAGUAAUUCAUGAAAACAUUCUAGUGUAAAUUAGUUAUCUAAUUUUGAAGACUCAUAGUUUAUGCAAUAAACUGAUAAUUUACCUCUGUGCUCAUCUGUGUGAGCCAUGGGUUUAUCUUAUGCAUUACUCUGGACACAAUGCAAUUAUCUAAAGUUGCUCUUUAAAGAAAUGACAGAGUGUAAAUGGGUAUGCCAUGCAAAUAAAUUGUUAGCUUGCAAAACAUUUUUUCACAUUUUAAUCUGUGACAUUUAGCAUUUUGCAGGUAUUUGUCAUUGCUGUAACAAUCCUUUCGUUAAAAAUAAUCUGUUGGCUCAAUGAGUAGAAUAAUUUUCUUAGUCAGAAAUCUUUCCCUUGUAAUCUAUUUUUAAUGAACAUCAAAUACAAAUACAAAAGUAUGUUUUACUACUUAUGAGUCCAUAGAUAAUACUUACCACCAGAGGUCGAUAGUAACCAGUUACAUUUACUCGGUUAUAUUUACUUAAGUAACCUUAUGAAAAAAAUCUAUUUUACGAACUAUUUUACUUCAUAAUAUGUUUUACUUUAAUUUGAGUUAUAUAAGUUAUAUAUCAUAAAUUAUCGCUCCUCUUACUUGAAAGAAAUGUUAGCCUACUCCAUCGACCAUGACUAACUUCACUGAAUAACAAACAAGUUUGUUUCCAACAAAAG